UGGAGCAUGUAUUGAUUAUUGAUCCCCAGUAUGGAGCAUGUAUUGAUUAUUGAUUAUUGAUCCCCAGUAUGGAGCAUGUAUUGAUUAUUGAUUAUUGAUCCCCAGUAUGGAGCAUGUAUUGAUUAUUGAUUAUUGAUCCCCAGUAUGGAGGAUGAUGAACUUCCGCCAGAGGCUGUGCUGGGUGUGCGUGGCGCUCUUCCUGCUGCUCAGCGUGUUUUUGGUGUAUUUCGUGUUUGAGGUGCAGCGCUUCAGUUCUGAGCACGUGCAGAAGGCAGCGAGCGGCUCGUCGGCGCCGCCGGAUGUCAGCUGGUCUCAGAGUUUUGGCGCCCGGCUGGCUCCGCUUCCUGUGUGGAUGUGGGCGUGGCUGUUCCUGCUGCCGUACCUGCAGCUCUUCCUCUUCCUGUUCUCGUGCACGAGGGCGGACCCUCGCGCCGUCGGUUACUGCGUACUUCCUGUCUGCCUCGCGCUGCUCUGCAGCCGCCGCCACGCGGUGAGCAAGCCGUCCAAUCACAGCGGGCCGCUCAUAGACACGUAGAUGGGCAGGGCCAUCGCAGGACGCCACCGCUGACUGAACUGUUUAUGAUGUCACUUCCUGUGUGCCUUUGACAGAAUCCUGCUCUGUGAUUGGCUGGAGCAGCAUCAGUACUGUUGCUAUGCUAACCGGUAACUAAGCUGUUGAUCGAGCCAAUCAGAGGGCAGUAUUCUCUGGGACUACUUUUCUGUAAUAUCACGAGUCACAUGACGUACA